AUGAAGGCCACUACAAUCCUUCCCUUGAUGGCUGCCCUCGUGGCUGGUGUCUCUGCUCGGGCUCCUGUGACCCUCAACUUGACUGGCCACAUCGAUGCCUCCCAGGUCAUGUCAUUUGUCUAUGUUCCAUUCCAAGUCGAGCCUGAGACUACCUCGGUCUAUGUUCUGCAGAACUACUCCCUCAAGGGUCAGGGUAACGCCCUCGACCUGGGUGUCUUUGAUCAGCGUGGAUUCCAGCUGCCUAACGGUGUGAACGACACCUUUGGAACUCGUGGAUGGUCCGGUGGUUUCCGCAACAACUUCACCAUUACUCCCUCUUGGGCUACUCCUGGCUACAACCCUGGUGCUAUCGAGCCCGGUACCUGGAACGUUGCUCUGGGUCCUUACCAGUCCGUCCCCCAGGGGAUCGAUUGGCAAUUGCAGAUUGUCAUGAGCUUCGACCCCGUCGACACUUACUUCUCUCCUACCUUUGCACAGGUCGACUUUGACACUGUCGGUCAGUUCGAGCAGCAGGAGUGGCUCCGUGGCGAUUUCCACAUGCACACCGUCUACUCCGAUGGAAAGUACACUCCCAAUGAACAGAUCCAAAUUGCUCUGGCCCAGAACCUGUCUUUCAUAUUCUUCUCCGACCACAAUACCGACAGUAGCAACAACAUCAUCGGCGCUUACCAGCAAGCCCUUGCCCCGAAUCUCCUGAUCUGCCGAGCCAUCGAAGUCACCACUCGUCAUGGACAUUGGCAAGCCGCUGGUCUCGACCGGGAGCAGCUCAUCGACUGGCGUUACCAGGAUGUUGCCGGCUUUGUCGAGGCUACCGAGCAGGUUCACCGUGCUGGCGGUUUCGUCUCCGUCAACCACCCCUUCGCCGCCUGCCCGGCCUGCAACUGGGGCUUCGAUGAAUGGGACCACAACGAUGCCAUCGAAGUCUGGAAUGCCGACUUUGACCCCACCGACCAACAGUCCAUCCAGAAGUGGCACGAGCUUCUCGUCGCUGGCAAGUUCACCGCUGCCAUCGGUGGCAGUGACUCCCACUCUCCCCCAUCCUUGAACGGUAUCCCCACCACCGUCGUCAACGCCCGCGGCCGCACACAAUCGGCCAUCGUCGCUGCUGUUAAGAAUGCCCGCGCUUAUAUCGUCUCGGGUCCCGGCAAGUCGAUGUCAUUCAACGUCAAUAUGCGGAACACUAUUGCUCAGAUCGGUGACAAGGUUCACGGAAACAGUGCUGGUGCCCAGGCCUCCCUGGCCGUUGAGGGUAUGAGUGGCCAGAAGGCUUGCUUCAUCUCGGACAAAGGUUACUUCUAUAACACUACCAUCAGGGAUGGAGAGACUCUCCAGCGCCCGCUCCCUGCUGGCCUCAAAUUUGUGAGAGUGGAGGUCCGGAACGUCACUGAUGAUUUCGCCAUUGGUCUGACCAACCCUGUCUGGUUCAUUUAA